UCCUGUCCGGGGAGGGCGGGGCCGAAGCCCCUCGGCGCGAGGCGCCAUAGAGCGGGGCCGGAGGACCCGAGUCCUAGAUGCGUCCGGAAGUGGCUCCCCCGGGCGCCGGCUCGGCACCAUAGAGCCGGGGGGCCGGCGGCCAGGGGUCGCGGGGCUCGGCUUCCUAGAGCGGCGCGGGCAGGGUGGCGGCCCGAGGGAGGGAGGCGCGGGCGGAAGCGGCCAGGAAGGUCACUUCCGGCCUGGGCGCCCGUCCCCCUGACCCCAGGGUCUGAGUCGCCGCUGCCGCCGCUGCCACCAUCCGCGAGGAAGGAGCGAGGAGGAGGAGGAGCGCGGCGCGGCGGCCCCGGGACCGAGGAGCAGGGACCCAGACAUGGAGCUUCGGGAGGAGGCCUGGUCUCCGGGGCCGCUGGAUUCCGAGGACCAGCAGAUGGCCAGCCACGAGAACCCAGUGGACAUCCUCAUCAUGGACGAUGACGACGUCCCCAGCUGGCCGCCCACCAAGCUGUCCCCGCCCCAGUCCGCGCCUCCGGCCGGCCCCCCGCCCCGGCCGCGGCCGCCCGCCCCCUACAUCUGCAACGAGUGUGGCAAGAGCUUCAGCCACUGGUCGAAGCUGACGCGGCACCAGCGCACGCACACGGGCGAGCGGCCCAACGCGUGCGGCGACUGCGGCAAGACCUUCUCGCAGAGCUCGCACCUGGUGCAGCACCGGCGCAUCCACACGGGCGAGAAGCCGUACGCGUGCUCCGAGUGCGGCAAGCGCUUCAGCUGGAGCUCCAACCUCAUGCAGCACCAGCGCAUCCACACGGGCGAGAAGCCCUACGCCUGCCCCGACUGCGGCCGCAGCUUCACGCAGAGCAAGAGCCUGGCCAAGCACCGGCGCUCGCACAGCGGCCUCAAGCCCUUCGUGUGCCCGCGCUGCGGCCGCGGCUUCAGCCAGCCCAAGAGCCUCGCGCGCCACCUGCGGCUGCACCCGGAGCUGUCCGGGCCCGGCGUGGCGGCCAAGGUGCUGGCGGCCAGCGUCCGCCGGGCCAAGGCGCCCGAGGAGGCGGCGGCGGCGGACGGCGAGAUCGCCAUCCCGGUGGGCGACGGCGAGGGCAUCAUCGUGGUGGGCGCGCCGGGCGAGGGCGCCGCGGCGGCUGCAGCUGUGGCGGGCGCGGGGGCCAAGGCGGCGGGGCCGCGGUCUCGGCGCGCCCCGGCGCCCAAGCCUUACGUGUGCGUGGAGUGCGGGAAGGGCUUUGGGCACGGGGCUGGGCUCCUGGCCCACCAGCGCGCCCAACACGGGGACGGGCUCGGGGCGGCGGGCGGCGAGGAGCCGGCGCACAUCUGCGUGGAGUGCGGUGAGGGCUUCGUGCAGGGCGCCGCGCUGCGCAGACACAAGAAGGUGCACGCCGUGGGCGCGCCCUCGGUCUGCAGCGACUGCGGGCAGAGCUACUACAGGGCCGGCGGGGAGGAGGAGGCCGAGGCGGCCGGCGGGCGGUGCGGCGAGUGUCGCGGCGGGGAGGCAGAGGAGGGCCGGUAGGGGUGGGGAGCCCGGGGGGGCGCGGGGCAGGGCCCCUCGGGCUUGGCGGGGAAGGCGUGAGAGACCUGGGGAGCAGGGCGCACGGACAGAGGGGUGCACGGCCUCGGCGGCCUCGGAACCGGACGGUGGGCAGCCACCGCACCCUCGGGAGGGGCGCAGUCUCCUGCUCCGACCUUCUUCUGGAAUGUUCUUACCGGCACGCCGCCUCUCGGCCCCUCCCAGCAGCUGUCUGGCCUCGCGGGUCCAGUCUUUGCCCUCCAGCCCGAGCCUGGCUCCCAUCCCUCGGUGUGGGUGGCGGAGGCGUGAAGACGAGCGGCGGGGGUGGCGGCCCUGUCCCCGGGCCGGGCCUGGCGGGGACAAUAAAUGGCACUAUUCAAUUGUC